AUGGAGGCAGCUGUACGAGAAGUUGUUGACGAUGGAAUAGGAUUGCGGAGAACAGCACUUAAGUAUGAUAUCGACAAAAUGACCCUUCAGCGGUAUGUUAAAAAAUUCUUGUCAAAAAAUGCAGAACCAUCUUCAAUGACAUUUGAGCCAAACUACCAUCAACAACAGGUUUUUACAAAACAGGAGGAGACCAUGCUUGCAGAAUAUCUGAAAAAAGCAUCACGCUUGCAUCAUGGUUUGAGCACAGUAGGCUGCCGUCAGUUAGCUUUUAAGUUUGCAUCCCGAAACAAUAAAAAAUAUCCUGCAUCAUGGGAUGAAAACCAGAUUGCGGGUGUUGAUUGGUAUCGCUCUUUUAUGAAAAGAAAUCCAACCCUGACGAUAAGAAAACCUGAAGCUACAAGUAUUGCACGCAAUUCAAGCUUCAAUGCUGUUAAUGUGGGCGCUUUUUUUGAUAAUUUAGAAAAUGUUCUUGCUAAACACAAACUUGGCCCUGAAGCAAUUUGGAACAUCGAUGAGACUGGUGUAACAACAGUGCACCGCCCUGCUAAAAUAAUUGCUGAGCGAGGGAUUAAGCAGGUUGGCCAAACCACAUCUCAGGAACGUGGGACUCUUGUCACAGUAUGUAAUGCGAUAAAUGCUAUUGGAAAUUAUAUCCCCCCUUUUAUUAUUUUACCCAGAGUAAACGUGAAGGAGUACAUGUACAUCGGUGCUCCUCCUGGUUCAGUUGGUGUUGGACAUGCAAAACAUUCUGGCUGGAUGACGCAGGAUAACUUUAUUCAGUUUUUGGAUCAUUUUGUGAAACAUGUGAAAUGUUCCAAGGAGAACAAAGUUCUGAUGCUCAUGGACAAUAGUGAAACACACAUAUCACUCGACAUUAUUGAUUUGGCAAAAAAAUCUGGAAUCAUACUUUUGACAUUUCCACCUCAUACUAGUCACCGACUGCAACCACUUGAUGUUGCUGUUUACGCACCGUUUAAGGGAGCAUGUGACAGGGCAGCACAGCAAUGGUUGUUGAACCACCCAGGGACGCCUAUGACCAUAUACAACAUAGGAGAAGUUGUGGGAGCAGCUUUCCCAGUGUCAUUUACCCCAAAAAAUAUUAUUUCGGGGUUUCAGGCAACUGGAAUUCACCCAUUUAAGCGUGAGGUGUUUACAGACGAAGAUUUUCUUCCAGCCUCAACCACAGACAGACCAAACCCGGAGGCUUCUGAAGGAAACUCCUCAGACCAGCAACCCACCGGGCCUAAUAACACGAGUUCAAAUCCAGGAACGUCAAGCGAUAUUCCAACUGACAAUUAUUUAUCUCCUGUAAUAGGCCUAGAGAUUGAAGUAACAAGUACUCCUGUCUCUAAGAACUUGAAAGAGAGAGAAGGGGAGCGCCACAUUCUUACCCCUGAAGACAUAGCUCCAUAUCCGAAGGCAGGUCCUAGGAAGGCCCAAAGAAAAGGUGGGAAGAAAAAGGGCAAAACUCUUAUUUUAACAGACACCCCUGUUAAAUUACAAAUUGAGAAAGAAGUGAAGGAAAAGGAGGAAAAAAAGAAUCAGAAGAAAGUGAAAUUAAAUUUGUUUACAUCAAAAAGUAGGCCUGUGAAAAAAUUUAAAUCAAGCACAAAACAUACGCAACCCUCAUCUGAAGAAGAAGAGUGGGAGUCAAGUGGGAGUUCCAGUAACUUUGAACCAGAACCACUGUCGGAAGAAGAAGAUAAUUCAAUAAAUGUUGGAGACUGGGUGCUCGUAGCCUAUAGGUCAAAGAAAAAGGUUCGUAGAUUCGUGGGAGUCCUUAAGGAGAAAAUUUCUUUUGAUGAAUGGAACGUUAAGUUUGCUCGCCACAUCGAAGGCAGUAAGUUUAAGUGGCCUGAUUGUGAAGACAUCAGCUGUAUCGAUGACGGUCAAAUUGAAAAAAAACUGUCACCACCCAAAUUUCAAGAAAAAAAUGACAGAUUGACAUGUUUUCUUUUCAAUGAAAAAUUUGAAGGACUAUGUAUCGAAUAA